AUGUGCAAAAUAACUUAUCUAGCCAUUGUACUGCUGUACAUUGGUUCAGGGACAAAUGGCUGUUUUUACGAUACAUUCAAUGGAUUGAGAAAUACCAACACCUUAAGAUUUUCAAGUGCCUUACUUCCACACUUAUCUGAAAGAUUUGUUACUAACGAGGCAGUAGAGUACGUUAUUUUGCAAAAUAAUGGAAUCAAAAGCAUCGCCGAUGGAGCAUUUUCUGGUUUGCCGCGAAUGAAGGUACUGGAUUUAUCCAACAAUAAUCUUUUGCCAAAGGACUUUUUUGCCUUUGGACAUCACAAAAACGUAGAAGCAAUAAUUUUUGACGACAACUUCCACGAGAACGCAUCUUCUACGGACUUGGAAAUUAAAAUAUCUCACAACUAUCCAAAGCUUAAGUUUCUUUCUCUUCGCAACGUUGGAUUGAAAACCAUUUCACCAGAACUUAGCAUACAGUUUUUCGGUCUAUCUCACUUGGACUUGUCCCGCAACAAUUUAAAUCACAAGGAUGUGUUUACUUAUUUACCGAAAACUGUACAGUCACUUUGUAUAGAAAAUACCGGUUUCUCUAGCAUUAACACCACAUCGGCCUAUUCCUUACCAAAUAUUCACAACAUUUCUCUUAGCCAUAAUAAUAUUGGGAAUGUUGUACUCCUUAGUGCCAAUGGAACGUGUUAUUCAAGCGUCAAUCAAACUGUUUGCUUACGUCUACCGAAUAAUAUUAGAACUUUACAUCUGUCGAGCUGUAACGUAAAUAGAAUUACAUUGGAAGAAGGACUAUGUUUGGAAGAAUUAGAUCUGUCAAGUAACACGAUUCCUCAUCUUGGAGAGGAACUGGUCAAACUAUCUCUAUUACGGCGUUUGAAUAUUGGAAGUAAUCCAUUGUUGGGCAUUUGUGAGAAUUGUUAUUCGUGGUUAGCGACAUUAGAAACAUUAAUCUUAGAUAAUAUAAAUUUGGCGUGGAUUAGAGAUUUUUUGGAUAAUAUCUCUAGUUCAAGUUGUAAAUAUCUCUCUAUGAGUGUAUUGAUAUUGAGUUAUCAGUCUGAUUCUAAAAUAAGAUUUAUAAACGUUAGUAGUAAUGUUAUUGAAGAUAUGAAAGAUAUACAAAUUUAUCCAUCUUCUCACCUUACUUUACUGGAUGUUCGAGGGAAUCCUUUGACAAGUUUAUCUAGAUCAUCGUUAAAUGGAGUUGAUGAAAACACUAAGAUUCUAUUUUCUUCUACUUGUAAUUGA